AUGGGAAAAGGCUCUUCCCAACCAUCAGCAGCAUCUAUGCCACCCUUGACACCGGUCUCGCCGCUCAGCAUGCCAAAACCUCAAAGGAAAUUGGCAGACUGGACGCUGUCUGAUGCUACAUCUCCUUGGUUCCACUUCGUCAAACACUUUGCUUGGUCCGACACGCCAUUCGGCGCCAUCGAAACGUGGUCCCUGGAAUUGCGGCGCUCCACCGCCAAAAUCAUGAACUCUCCUGACCCACGCAUCCUCAUCUUCGGCGACCAACAAGCUAUCAUAUACAAUGAGGCUUUCGUUGCUGUCAUCGGACAACAUCAUCCAAAGUGCUUAGGCGUCCCUCUCGCUGAUGUACAAGUCGACAAAAUCUUCGAAAUCCUAUGGGAUAUGUCAUUGACUGCUUACGACAACGGCAGAGGCGCACGACGUACGCGUCAAGAGUUGCUUCUUGAACGUAGUGGUUCUAAAGAACAGACUUUCUGGAACAUCUUUCUCUCGCCCCUACCUGGAAAUGAUGGAUAUUGUGACAGUGCUGUCGGCGAGUUUACUGAUGUGACAGACCUGGUUGUGCAGGAUCAACGCCGGUUACAAGGUCUAGAUGUCUUGGAUUCCGUCUCGAAGAUUGAGAACUUGCCUGAACUGUGGUCCAAAUUUUUGGGCGCACUGGAUAGAAACGCCCCUGACAUCUCCUACGCCAUGGUCUACGCCGCUUCCGAUCACGCAUCCUUCGUUCGCUCAGACGAUCUGCCGACACCUGAUAUUACUCCUCAUCAUGACACACUUCAGUCCGCUUCAUCGUACUUCGUAAAGCAAUAUCACCUUGCCGGUUCUCUGGGAGUGUCAGAAGAUGUGCUCAAGCCUACUAUCGACCUAUCUAUUGCUGAGUGCUCUAGAGCACCGAGUCUUGCGGAUGCUUUUCGUGAAGCUUUUGAGNAAAAAGAGAUUGUUGUCUUGUCAGAUGAAGCACUUCCAUAUGAGUUGUCAGUUCAAGUCGCCGAUUCAGGCACUGUCCGUUGUGCGUCCAUCAUGCCAAUCUCAGAUCUGAACGGUAAGCUGUUAGCCUUUAUUGUUCUCGGACUGGACCCAAGGCGACCAUUUACUGAACAGAUGAAUCGUUUCGUUCACUGCAUACAUGAGGCAAUCUGCAAACAGGCCAUCCUGGUUACACUUCCUGGAGAUCAGCAAAAAUUCCAAAGAAAGUACGAGGAAACCACGAUGUCACUUUCGACCGAACUUCGACUUUCAAUCCUGAAGGCCAAGAAGAAGGAAGAGAAGUUCCUUCGGAUUGCUAAGAGCGCGCCACUUGGGAUGUAUCUCUACUCGCCGAAAGAGAGGACAAUUCAGGUUAACGAUGCCUACCUCAAGAUCACAGGAACCACAAAAGAGGAUCUGGACAAGACAACAGCUUUAGAAUUACCCUGGCUACAGACCGUAUCUGAGGAGUAUUUGGACGUUGCAAUCAAAGAGUGGCAUCAUUUGAUGACUGAGAAGACGCCCUCCGUUAUCGAGUACAAGAUACGCGAUUCACCUCACAAUCCUACUCAGCGAUGGGUGUCUGCCACGUCUUUCCCUGAUAUUGACGAGCAUGGCGAAGUCUAUUUGAUACAUGGCUGGCUUGUGGACAUCAGCGAUCGUCUGGCAAAGGAUAGCUUGCUUGCUCAAAGACUUGAAGAUGCCCUCGAAACAAAAUCGGCUACCGAACACUUUCUUGAUAUCGACANNGUGGUCUCCCACGAGAUGAGAAACCCUCUCAGCGCCAUCUUCCAAUGCUCUGAUGAGAUUCUGGACACCAUCAAUAAACACAAGGAUCAGCCAGACACUCCAUCCAUGACCAUAUCACAGCUAAAAAGCUUGGAAGAUGCAGCUCACACAAUCGCGCUUUGCGCGCAACACCAGAAUGGCAUAUUCAGUGACAUCCUCACCGUCAGCAAGCUGGAUUCGCAAUUGCUCAUGAUUAUGCCAGAGAAAGUUCGACCAGUCGAUAUAGUGCAAAGAGCAUUGAAGAUGUAUGGACAGGAAGCGAAAAGAAGUGGUAUUACCACAUCCAUCAAUGUCCUGGAUACGUAUACCAAACAAAUCCCAGAGUUUGUCAUGGUCGAUCCGAACAGACUCAUGCAGAUCAUAAUUAAUCUACUCACCAAUGCAAUCAACCACACGAGAUCGUGUAGAGAACGAUCAAUCGUCAUCUCACUGGGUGCCUCUGCUAUUGAGCCAAACGAUGCUUCCGAUCAGACUGUCUUCAUGCCACUGACCCCAAGAAGAUCGAGCACUCCAUUGACACCUGCUAGUGCUGCCACAGAACAGGAUCAGUUCAGUGCUGCCUUCUCGAGUUCAUGUUCUGGACAAGACAUAUACUUGCACGUUGCAGUCCAAGAUACAGGUUGCGGUCUGUCGGAGAGUGAGAUGAGUCUUCUUUUCAAGAGAUUUUCGCAGCCAAAGACAUACGGACAGUACAGUGGCUCUGGACUGGGCCUCUUUNUAAGCAAAGAGCUGAUCGAGCUACAAGCUGGCCGCAUCGGUGUCACCAGUACCGAAGGACUCGGAACAACGUUCUCCUUCUACAUCAAGUGUAGAAGACCCAUUGAAGAAGCAGCUUCUACUCCAACGGUCACACCAAAAUCGCCCCGCAUCAAAGGUCACAGGCCUCGUAUGAGCCGCACGGAAGCCUUUAACGACAAAGACCUCGCAUUUAUCCGCCAACCUUCUCCAGUACGAGGCUUGCACGUUUUGGUCGUCGAGGAUAAUCCUUUGAACCAACGCCUCGUGGCCAAACAGCUGCGCAACCAAGGCUGUACAGUUCACACCUCCGAUCACGGACUCGAUGCCCUGGAGUUCUUGUCCAGAACGAACAUCACUUCAUCGCCGUCCCCUAGCACAAAGAUCGAUAUCGUGUUGCUUGACAUCGAGAUGCCCGUCAUGGACGGACUCACGUGUAUCCGCAAAAUCAGAAACUUGGAACAAGAAGGCUUCUACACUCGGCGAGUGCCUGUCAUUGCUGUCACGGCCAAUGCGCGUGAUGAACAGAUGAGGGAAGCAUUGGAAGCGGGUAUGGAUGAUGUGGUGACCAAGCCGUUCAGAAUCCCUGAGUUACUUGUGAGGGNNAUGAGUGAAGUGGUUACUGGUCAGAGCUUGGCAUAG